AUGCAUGCUGAGUGUUCCGGCGUGGAAAUCGUAUUUGAUCAGAUUGUCACAUCGCUAGAACUAAAGCCGGAGUGCAGGCUGGACCGUGGCAAGCCGAAUCCAGUGGAAAUGAGGCGAGGGAAGGAAUCACGGCAUGCCUCGCAAUGGACGGCGAACUCAGGACAGGACCAGUAUAUACAAUACGCUAACAACUGCUCCAAUCAACACAAUACCCCGUCAAGCAGGUUUGGAUUAACAUCAGACGUUCAUGAACCCGGGCAAGAACAAGAAGGUUCGUGGAAGGAACUGGAUGUACUGCAGCGAAAACUGAACUUGAAUGCUGUGACCAGAGCAAGUGGCAGAUCUGAGUACUUCAGUGCGGAUAGCAGUGGCGGCUCACAGCCAGGAUCGACUAUUCAGCUAGCACCGCCGGAUUCAUCCUUAAUAGCUCCACGCGUAGCGGCUACUUCAAGUAAAGAUCAACAACAAGUGUUGCGCGGAAGACCAGCAACACAUUCUUCACAAACCUGGUCUGUCCCAGCAGUAGAAGCCAAGACUAGAGACAACUCCAAGCAUGAUAAUACACAGGCCCCAAUGUGGACAUUCUCGUAUCCAUCACGGAUAUCCGGCAAUGAGUUCACACAGCAGAAUCCGUUGAGUUUGCCAACCAUAAACAGUAGCCAAUGCACGCAAUGUGAGCGUGAGUUCUAUCCACAACAUGCUGAAAGCAACCGUACCGGCACAAUGUAUGCGGCCCAUGAUGCCAGGCAGAAGCAGCAUGUGCAGCCGAAUGGUUGCAGUCCACCAAAAAUUGAAGCGUGCAUUGUCGGCACACCGGUGACAGUACCCGCCGUGUCGCGGAACAAGUCACGACAUUGUGUUCACCGUACUGCUGGUGAUGUUGGUGUUGGUCCAUGCCAUAGUGCCUUGCCACCACCUGUACCACCGGGAAGUGCCAUAUCCCAUGCUGUUCCCCGCCAUACCAGCACAGCUGCUGCUGCUAAUACUGGCGUGGAAUACAACAGCGGUAGUAGGAUGCGUAUUCUGCCUAGCACGAGACAUGCAUACGAUCUCACUCCGCUGCAAGUCUCAUCACACUUCGUACCCAUCAAGAAGACAAUGAGCAGCUCCUAUCAAAAUUAUGAUUCCACCGGCGCCUUUUCUCGUCACAACAUGACAUCACACAUGGAGUGUUUAGCCGCAAGGUCAACCCAACGUAGACACGGCUUACCUGUGUCGCGUAUAGUACCACAAACACUAACGGGUAUUGCUCACGGUUCUCAGGCCAAAAGCAGCGGCAGCCGUACGCUGAGUAAGGAGACCGUCACUGGCAAGAAAAUCACACGAUUGCAAAGGGACUGAGCCGCGCACUGCCAGUGGACAAGCACUGUCAUCAACUGUUCAUCUUAUCCUCUUACUUGUGGAAACUUUAAACUACUUCAAUGCCAUAAUAUUGUGUAUUGUAGGCAGCAAGGGGCGUUCACCCACGCACAACUUGAUUCUAAACCGUAGUUCUACUUACACUACAGGACAUGAUAAGCUUGGCGUUGUUUUCGUUAAGAAAUGCGUACUGCUGAACAACACCAUGUACAUGUAUUCCACUGUCUUGUAAGUUGUCACACUUUGAGUUCCUGUUUUAUUUAUUUUGUCCGGAACCGCCGCUUUUAAUUUCCUAUGAA